AGAACAAUGUGUGUUUUCCUUGCAGUACGUCAUCAAGAAACUGAACCUCCGAAACGCCUCCAGCCGAGAGCGCCGAGCCGCUGAGCAGGAAGCGCAGCUCUUGUCUCGGCUGAAGCACCCCAACAUUGUCACCUACAAGGAGUCCUGGGAGGGAGGGGACGGGCUGCUCUACAUCGUCAUGGGCUUCUGCGAAGGAGGGGACCUGUACCGGAAGCUCAAGGAGCAGAGGGGCCAGCUCCUCCCCGAGAGUCAGGUGGUGGAGUGGUUUGUCCAGAUCGCCAUGGCCCUGCAGUAUCUACAUGAGAAGCAUAUCCUACACCGAGACCUGAAGACUCAGAACGUCUUCCUGACCAGAACGAACAUCAUCAAGGUGGGCGACCUGGGCAUUGCCCGGGUGCUGGAGGGCCACUGUGACAUGGCCAGCACCCUCAUCGGCACGCCGUACUACAUGAGCCCCGAGCUCUUCUCCAACAAGCCCUACAACUACAAGUCUGACGUCUGGGCUCUGGGCUGCUGUGUGUAUGAGAUGGCCACGCUGAAGCACGCUUUCAACGCCAAAGACAUGAAUUCCCUAGUGUACCGGAUCAUUGAGGGGAAGUUGCCACCCAUGCCAAAGGAUUACAGCCCAGAGCUGGCCGAGCUGAUCAGAACCAUGCUGAGCAAAAGGCCUGAAGAGAGACCGUCUGUGCGGAGCGUCUUGAGGCAGCCAUACAUCAAGCGCCAGAUCUCCUUAUUCCUGGAGGCCACAAAGGCAAAGACUUCCAGAAACAAUGUCAGAGAUGGCGAUUCUAAACCCACGCCUGCGGCUCCGGUGGACUCCCGGCAGCGGGGCCCCCAUCCGGAGGGACUCGCGCCCUGCCCGCCGCCUUCCUCUGCAUCUGGGGUGGGAGAAGACAAGUGUCCGUCCCAGGAGAAGGCAGUGGGGGCCGGCCCGUUGAAGACGCCUGCCAGUCUGAAAGGCCACGCCUGCAAAGGGGACCUGAGCAGCCCCGCUGAGUCACUGGCCACAGUCAGCAGGGUGAACAUCAUCAUCGUUCCUGCGGGACGGGAGGCCUCGGGGAGUGACAGCCUCGCUCGGGGGACUCGGCCGGGGUGCUGCAGUCCCUCUCAUGAACUGGAUCACCCUGAGUCCAGUGGUGAGCAGGAGAACCUGGGUCCCUCCUGCUCCCCGGAGGAGGCCACUGAGGCCGGGAGUGACGUGGGGAAGCCUCUGGAGCCGCGGCCACACGAGUCCUUUGUUUCUUCUCUUCCCACCGUCGCAAGAGCCGAUGUUGUGCCAACACAGGGUGCUGAGAACCACCCUUGCGCAGCCGGGGGCGCUGUGAGCAGCUCCGGGCGCAGCGAGGUGUCUGCAUCAAAGGACCGGCCGUUGUCGGCGCGAGAGAGGAGACGGCUGAAGCAGUCCCAGGAAGAGAUUGGCCCCUCAGGACCCGCCAUGAGGAGCGCGUCUCUGUGUGCUGUGGAGCCGGAAAGACCUGAGGAGGGCCAGCCACUCCCUGCCCGGCCAGCCUCUCCAGACUAUGGCGGCGGCGGCGGUGGCGGCGUGGCUCAGGAGAAGAGGCCGACGCGGAGCGGGUCUGAGGAGGAGCUGAGUUCCUCUGCGAGUUCCACUGAGGCGUCAGACGGGGGUCCCAAGGGAGACAAAGGUCACACAAAUGAGAUGCGUGACUUGGUGCAGCUGAUGACUCAGACCUUGAAACUAGACCCUAAAGAGAGCUGUGAAGACCUCACCGCCCCCAGUCCCGCUCCCGAGUUCAAGCUGCACCGGAAGUACCGGGACACGCUGGUCCUUCACGGGAAAGUUGCCGAAGAAGAAGCAGAGGAAUUCCGUUUUAAAGACCUGCUUCCUGCGGUUGUCCCGGGCUCUGCCAAGCUCAGGAGGGCAGUGGAGCUCUUGCGAGCUGACGUCAUCCGGGGCCUCGGGGUGCAGCUUCUGGAGCAGGUGUACGAGCUCUUGGAGGAGGAGGGCGACUUGGAGAGGGAGGUACGUCUGCAGCAGCACAUGGGCGAGAAGUACACGGCAUACAGUGUAAAAGCACGACAGCUCAAGUUUUUUGAAGAAAAUGUGAAUUUUUGAGAAUUUGUUCCAAUUUGCUGCCAGAACUAAAGAUCUAUGAUCAAAGACUUUUGACUUAAACAGAAAACCAAGCAAACCCCCGACAGUGGCUCAGAGGCCCCUCGGCAUCCUCAUAGCCCCGACCGGGAGCUUUCCUGCGGCACAAGCCCACGAAGCCAGAGCACCGAGCAAAGCCAAGCCCACAUGUCACUCUUUCUACGAAGGAGUCUCUUAUAGUGACGUGUGUGCUGUUUAUUGAGCCUCAAACUACCAACUUUAUAUCUAGAACUUUAUUUUUUUACGGUACUAAUUAGCUUGAGAACAAGACAAUUAGAUACUGGAUUGGGUUAAAGUUUUAUAUUGAACGAUAGUGAUAAAAGCAAUAGGAAAACAAAUGACACAGUAUGUCCAGUGAUAUUUUUGUUAAUAAUAUUAGUAGUUUAUAAUUUAAGCCAGUUCACAAUUGCUUUGAGGAAGCUGCAGUUAAGUUCUUUAGAAGCUGAAUUCCUUAACAUUUUUAAAUGUUCAUAUACUGUGAGCCUCAUUUAGCCUACAUUUAUUUAAGAGUUGAGACUAAGACACAGGCUGGCUUUGUAAAUCAGUAUAUUGUGAUGUACUGGUUUUAAGAUUUAUUUCUAUUGGUUAAGACAAUCUCGUAUGCACUUUGUAACUAAUGUCGAUCCUUGUAGUUCGGUUGAAGAUAUGUAGUUUGUCUCCUGAAACAUCGUCAUGUCCUUCAGGGUACAGGCUGUGUUCUCAUAUUCUGCAUAUAAAGUCUCUCUAUUGUAUGCCUUGUUAACUGUUCACUUUCAGAAUAAUGCCCAUCUAAGAAAUAAAGUUUUUAUGUCUUAUGUA